ACGCCAUGGUCUCCUCCCUCCGAGGCCCUAACCUCCCUAAACCUCGCACCUACCUCACCGCGGCUCCCAUCCUCCGCCUCCGCUCCGCUCGCGCCUCCUCCUCCGGCUUCACCCACCUCCUCCACAGCGCUACCCCUCCACAGCCCGACCUCGUCUACUCCGCCCACCCCGAUCACCUCUCCGCCGUCAAUCACGUCCUCCCCAUCUGCGACGACAUCAUGGCCGUACGAUUGGAUCGCGCAGGCGGAGGCGACCUCGCCUUGGGCACACGAGCAUGUGCGCCUGGAUCGUGAUUGAGGUUAACCCGUGCGAAAUCCGAAGAGGGGGUGGAGACGCGGAGGUUCUGCGGCGAUUCAGGCGGCAGAAUGAGAGAGCCGGCCAGAACGAAGCAGAUGAGUUUUGGGGAGAACUUCUCGCUGGCCAGGGCAAAAGGGUAUACGGUGGGCUUUAUUUCGGUGUUUGAGAGCGUGGAGCAGAUGGAUGCGAUGAUGGAGGAGGAUAAGGAGAUGGUGGAGGAGCAGAAGGUGAAGGUGCGACCGCUGGUGGAGGAUGUGAUCGUCGUUGAUUAUGUGGUUCCCAAGCUGGCUCCAGCGAGCCUUUGAGUGAGGCGCUAUACGGGAAGUUAAGAUGCAGUAGUUCAAGAAAUUGAUUUAUAGAUAACACAAGCGAUCAUGCAAAUAUCAAGAUAUCUUGUGCAGAUUGAGUCUGCCAGAACGUAAAUUGCAUGCAAUAGUUAAUAUAUUCUGGAACCGACGCCGAGCUUCUUGAGAACUGCAAAAUGAUUGUGGGUAGAUCCCCCUUUAUGCGAAUUGUACUUUUGAGUGAAACAAAAAAUCCUUCUAGUCUUCCUUUUCUUUUACUGCAUUGUUCACCAAGAGUGAAAGUUCGGGAAUGCUGAGAAUAAAAACAAAUGGUUGUUGGGUUUUCUUCUCCA